AUGCGUGGCCACUCAGAGAAGCCCGUCGCCGUCUCCGAGACGGAUGGCGAACACGACACCCACGUCCCGACACAUCGCAUCGACGAACUCGAUGCCGAAAAAUCAGAAGCAGAAUCGAACGUCGAGCCCUUUUCGUACGAAGAAGACGACGACCGAGACUUGUCUAGCCAUGUCAGAACCGAUCUCAACGUCACCGAAGAUGACCUGCUCGAAGCCAAGGAGCUCGCCUCCCGCUACACCCUGGAGCAGGUCCGCGACAUCAUGGUACGAAUCUACAGAACUCACUCGCGCGACCCCAACUUUCCCACAGCCAUUGUCCAAAAAAUAAGCGCUUUCCUCGAGAAUGAAGACGUCUUCAAGCAUCCCGAGUUGCACCAGCACCUCAUCUCCGAGAUGAAACUAGAGGCCGCCCUCGUCACAUCAAACAGCCCCUACGCUGAAGUUCGCGCCGUUGUCAGCAAUAAGGACGACCCCACGACGCCUUCGUCCACAAUUCGAAGUUGGGCUAUCGGUUUAUUGUUCAGCGCCCUGCUCGCCUUCGUGAACCAGCUCUUCGACAUUCGGCAACCUGCCAUCCGUGUCAUGGCCAAUGUCGCCCAGCUGCUGGCUUAUCCCAUCGGCAAGGCCGCGGAGCGAUGGCUUCCUGAUGCAGGCUUCACCCUCUUUGGCAUCCAGCACAGUCUGAACCCGGGGCCGUUUACUCGCAAAGAGCAUAUGCUCAUCACCAUCAUGGCCAACGUCGCCUACAAUACGCCAUAUACCAACUACAUUAUUUGGGUGCAAUAUCUGCCGCAAUAUUUCAACCAGCCAUACGCCGCUCAUUUCGCCUACCAGAUUCUCAUCGCCCUCGCCACUAAUUUCAUCGGCUAUGGAAUGGCUGGCAUCUGCCGCCGCUUCUUGGUCUACCCCUCGUACUGUGUCUGGCCCGCAUCUCUCGUCACCAUUGCCCUCAACACCGCUUUCCACACGCCUGGCAACCCACCCGUAAUGGGGCCCUUCGGCAAGAUCUGGCGCAUUUCGCGGGCCAACUUUUUUUAUAUCAUGUUUGGCGCCAUGUUCAUCUGGUUCUGGUUCCCCAACUACAUCUUUACCUCGCUCUCCAAGUUCAACUGGAUUAGUUGGAUCUUGCCUCACCAUCGCGAUCUCAACGUCAUUACUGGCAUCAAUAACGGCCUAGGCCUAAAUCCUUUCCCUACCUGGGAUUGGAACGUUCUGCUGUGGGAUUCUGCUGACCCUCUAAUGGUCCCCUUCUUCAGCACGUUGAACCGUUUCAUCGGUGCCUUCAUCUCCAUGUGGAUCGUCCUUGCUUUCUGGUACAAGAAUGUCUACAACACGGGCUACCUGCCCAUCAACACAAAUCGCGUCUACGACAACACCGCCAAACUGUACAACAUCUCUCGCGCCAUCAACGACCGAGGCCAUCUCGACCCCGACAAGUAUGCCGCCUACUCGCCGCCUUUCCUCGGGGCGGGCAAUGUUGUCAUUUACAUGUUCUUCUUUGGCAUCUACACUUCGACGUUGACCUAUGCCAUUCUCUACCACAGCAACGAGAUCUUUAUGGGGUUCAAGGCCCUAUUCAACAGCUUCCGCAAGAAGACACCGCUGGAAGAUAACCACGUCCUCGACGUGCACAACCGCCUGAUGAAGUCGUACAAGGAAGUGCCCGAGUGGUGGUACAUGCUGUGCCUGGUGGGUGCCAUUGCCCUUGGCGUCGGAGGCAUUGCUGGCUGGGAUACGCACACCUCGCCUGGUGUUGUAUUUUACGGCCUGGCACUCUGUGUCGUGUUUGUCAUCCCGGUCGGAAUCAUCAAGGCCAUGACGGGUAUCGAGGUGACGCUCAACGUCCUGGCCGAGUUCAUUGGAGGCUCAUGGGUUGACGGUAACGCGUUGGCCAUGAACUACUUCAAGUCGUUUGGAUACGUCACCUGCGCUCACGCCGUCUGGUUCUCCAAUGACUUGAAGCUCGCCCACUACGUCAAGAUUCCGCCGCGCCAGACCUUUGCCGCUCAGAUGAUUGCCACCCUCGUCAGCACCGUCGUCUGCAUCGGCGUCCUCAAUUUCCAGAUGACCAACAUCCGCGCCGUGUGCACCGAGGAUGCGCGCUACAAGCUCACCUGCCCCGGCGUCAACACCUUUUUUACCGCGUCGGUCCUCUGGGGUACGGUUGGCCCAAAGAAGAUUUUUGGCCACCAGGGGCAAUACAGCGAGAUGCUCGUCGGCUUUCCUCUGGGCGUCAUUAUAGUGGUGGUCUUUUGGUGCCUCAAUAAGAAGUUUCCCCACUGGGCAUGGACGCGUCAGAUUCACCCGGUUGCUAUUAUGUACGGCGGCAUCGUUUGGGCUCCCUACAACAUGUCGUAUAUUUGGCCCUCGGUGCCCAUUGCCUAUUUUUCGUGGAUCUAUCUCAAAUCCCGCUACGUCGGUCUUUGGUCCAAGUACAAUUUUGUUCUUUCCGCCGCCUGGUCAUGUGGCAUUGCCAUUUCCGGCAUCAUCAUCUUCUUCAGCCUGCAGUACACCGAAGUCGAUUUUAACUGGUGGGGCAACCAGGUCUCGGAGCAGGGCUGCGAGGACGACUCGUGCAAUUACAAGAAUCUCGGCACCGGCGAGUACUUUGGCCCCCGCAUAGGAGAUUUCAAUUGA